AGCCCAGAUAAAUGAGGAGGGUUACGUCAGGAAGGGCAUCCGGUGUAAAAUUUUGCCAAAUCAAUAAGUAGACAACAAUACAAAUUUCCAUACCAGAUUGGUCGAGCCCCAGGUUAACAACGACCACUAUCAGUACUGUUAGCCAACAGGGUGCUGGCGGAAAUUGGGCUACUGUUGGCCAAAGAAGAAGAAGGAGAAGAAGAGAGGGAGAUGUGUCCAGAGGCAGGAGGAGAGGAGGAAAGUAAAGAGAGUGGAUCUGAGGGUAGGAACUUUGAAUGUUGGCAUUAUGACUGCUAAGGGGAAAGAGUUAGCAGAUAUGAUGGAGAGAAGGAAGUUUGAUAUAUUGUGUGUGCAAGAGAUUAAAUGGAAGGGGAGUAAGGCCAGGUGGAUCGGAGGUGGAUUCAAAUUGUUCUAUCAUGGUGUGGAUGGGAGGAGAAAUGGGGUAGGAGUUAUUCUGAAGGAACAGUAUGUCAAGAGUGUUUUGGAGGUGAAAAGUGUGUCAGGCAGAGUAAUGAAUAUGAAGCUGGAAAUUGGAGGUGUGAUGAUGAAUAUUGUUAGUGCAUAUGCCCCACAAGUUGGGUGUGCAAUGGGUGAGAAAGAAGAUUUUUGGAGUGAGUUGGAUGAAGUGAUGAACAGUGUACCCAAAGGACAGAAAGUGGUGAUUGAAGCGGAUUUCAAUGGGCAUGUUGGUGAAGGGAACAGUGGAGAUGAGGAGGUGAUGGGUAGAUAUGGUGUCAAGGAGAGGAAUGAAGAAGGUCAGAGGAUAGUGGAUUUUGCCAAAAGGAUGGACAUGGCUGUGGUGAAUACGUAUUUUAAGAAGAGGGAGGAACAUAGGAUUACAUACAAGAGUGGAGGAAGAUGCACACAGGUAGAUUACAUCCUAUGCAGAAGAGUUGAUCUGAAGGAGAUUGAAGACUGCAAAGUGGUGGCAGGGGAAAGUGUAGUUAAGCAGCAUAGGAUGGUGGUCUGUAGGAUGACAUUGUAGAUCAAGAAGAGGAAGAGAGUGAGGGCAGAGCCAAGGAUCAAAUGGUGGAAGUUGAAAAAGGAGGACUGCAAGGUUGAGUUUAGGGAGGAGGUGAGACAGGCACUGGGUGGCAGUGAAGAAUUACCAGACAGCUGGGAAACUACAGCCGAUGUAGUAAGGGUGACAGCAAGAAGGGUGCUUGGUGUGACAUCUGGAAAGAGGAAGGAGGAAAAGGAAACCUGGUGGUGGAAUGAGGAAAUACAGGACAGUAUACAGAGGACGAGGAUGGCAAAGAAGAAGUGGGGUAGUCAGAAAGAUGUAUAAAGUAGACAAGAGUACAAGGAGAUAAGGCACAAGGUGAAGACAGAGGUGGUGAAGGCUAAAGAAAAGGCGUAUGAUGAGUUGUAUGAGAGGUUGGACACUAAGGAUGGAGAAAAGGACCUGUACCGAUUAGCUAGACAGAGGGACCGAGCUGGGAAAGAUGUGCAGCAGGUUAGGGUGAUAAAGGAUAAAGAUCGAAAUGUACUCACAAGUGAGGGGAGUGUGUUGAGCAGAUGGAAAGAGUACUUUGAGAGGCUGAUGAAUGAAGAGAAUGAGAGAGAGGAGGUUGGAUGAUGUGGAGAUAGUGAAUCAGGAAGUGCAACGGAUUAGCAAGGAGGAAGUAAGGACAGCCAUGAAGAGGAUGAAAAAUGGAAAGGCCGUUGGUCUGGAUGACAUACCUAUGGAAGCAUGGAGGUGUUUAGGAGAGAUGGCAGUGGAGGUUUUAACCAGAUUGUUUAAUGGAAUUUUGGAAAGUGAGAGGAUGCCUGAGGAGUGGAGAAGAAGUGUACUGGUGCCGAUAUUUAAGAAUAAAGGGGAUGUGCAGGACUGCAGUAACUACAGAGGAAUAAAAUUGAUGAGCCACAGCAUGAAGUUAUGGGAAACAGUAGUGGAAGCUAGGUAAAGAAGUGAGGUGAUGAUUAGUGAGCAGCAGUAUGGUUUCAUGCCAAGAAAGAGCACCACAGAUGCAAUGUUUGCUCUGAGGAUGUUGAUGGAGAAGUUUAGAGAAGGCCAGAAGCAGUUGCAUUGCGUCUUUUUGGACCUGGAGAAAGCAUAUGACAGGGUGCCUUGAGAGGAGCUGUGGUAUUGUAUGAGGAAGUCGUGAGUGGCAGAGAAGUAUGUAAGAGUUGUACAGGAUAUGUACGAGGGAAGUGUAACAGUGGUGAGGUCUGCGGUAGGAAUGCAUUCAAGGUGGAGGUGGGAUUACAUCAGGGAUCGGCUCUGAGCCCUUUCUUAUUUGCAAUGGUGAUGGACAGGUUGACAGACGACAUUAGACAGGAGUUCCUGUGGACUAUGAUG